AGGCGGCUGCGCCCAGUGGAGACAGCGCCCGCCCGCCCGCUGCACUCGGGCUCUGGCCCCCGCUGGCGCUCAUAGGGCCCCGCGGUCGCUCAGCCCGGCUCCGAGGUUGCGGCCCCCGGCCCAGGUCACUCCCCCAGGCGCACGCGGCGGCGGCGCCCCGGGCUCACCAUGGUGGCAGCGCGCGCCGAGUGCCCGCGCAUCGCCGGCCGCCCGAGCCGCAGCGCCGGCUGAGAGCUGUCGGCCGAAACCCCCCGCCCCUGCCCGUUCCCCGCCCGGCCUGCGCGUCCCCUCCGGCCGCCACUGUCUAUGGCGCAGCCCCCCUCUCUGGAUCAUGCACAGAAACUUUCGCAAGUGGAUUUUCUACGUGUUUCUCUGCUUUGGCGUCCUCUACGUGAAGCUUGGAGCGCUGUCAUCCGUCGUGGCCCUGGGCGCCAACAUCAUCUGCAACAAGAUUCCCGGCUUGGCCCCGCGGCAGCGCGCCAUCUGCCAGAGCCGGCCGGAUGCCAUCAUUGUGAUUGGGGAGGGGGCGCAGAUGGGCAUCAACGAGUGCCAGUACCAGUUCCGCUUCGGACGCUGGAACUGCUCCGCCCUCGGCGAGAAGACCGUCUUCGGGCAAGAGCUCCGAGUAGGGAGCCGUGAGGCCGCCUUCACGUAUGCCAUCACCGCGGCCGGCGUGGCCCACGCCGUCACCGCCGCCUGCAGCCAGGGCAACCUGAGCAACUGCGGGUGCGACCGCGAGAAGCAGGGCUACUACAACCAGGCCGAGGGCUGGAAGUGGGGCGGCUGCUCCGCCGAUGUGCGCUACGGCAUCGACUUCUCCCGGCGCUUCGUGGACGCCCGGGAGAUCAAGAAGAACGCGCGGCGCCUCAUGAACCUGCACAACAACGAGGCCGGCAGGAAGGUCCUGGAGGAGCGCAUGAAGCUAGAGUGCAAGUGUCACGGCGUGUCGGGCUCGUGCACCACCAAGACGUGCUGGACCACGCUGCCCAAGUUCCGCGAGGUGGGCCACCUGCUCAAGGAGAAGUACAACGCGGCGGUGCAGGUGGAGGUGGUGCGGGCCAGCCGGCUGCGGCAGCCCACCUUCCUGCGCAUCAAGCAGCUGCGCAGCUACCGGAAGCCCAUGGAGACGGACCUGGUGUACAUCGAGAAGUCGCCCAACUACUGCGAGGAGGACGCGGCCACGGGCAGCGUGGGCACGCAGGGCCGCCUGUGCAACCGCACCUCGCCCGGCGCCGAUGGCUGCGACACCAUGUGCUGUGGCCGCGGCUACAACACCCACCAGUACACCAAGGUCUGGCAGUGCAACUGCAAGUUCCACUGGUGCUGCUUCGUCAAGUGCAACACAUGCAGCGAGCGCACCGAGGUCUUCACCUGCAAGUGAGCGGCGGCCACGGCCACGCGGCAGCCACGCGGCCGCAGCCCCCGCCGCGGCAUUUUGCACAUCCUCUCGUUCCUUGCCUCUCCUGUGCAGCCUGGGGCCGCGGGCAGAGGCUGCGGAGGAGGUGGGGGCUCCAGGCGCAGGAGGGCUCACUGGGGACGUCACCGUCUCCUGCCAUUCCCGUCACUUCCCUUGGCAAAACAGUGCCCACGACCCAGCUGAGAGGGCAAGGCCAACAGCGCUGGUGUCCCUGAUGGGGCCCAGGGGAUUCCUUUUCUUUUCUCCGGGAAAGUGAACCUCAAGGACACACGUAUCCUGGAAAGCUAAGUGACAACAAGACUCAGAGUGUCGCCCUCCCCCGCCUGGUGGCCCAGACACAGAAAUGCCACGCCACCAGCCUCACGCAAGACUGUUGCCCAGGCCGCGUCAGCCACUGGGCCCCGGGGAGGUCAGGGCAGAUGUUGACAAAAAUUAUUUAUGGUUUCUUAGUAUCAGAAGAGGAUUCUUAGCACUAAGGCAUAGCGGGUCCUAACUCCGUACCUGUGUUCGUGCAUCCCCUUGCCGCCCUCUGCUUCCUCUCCCUGCCCCUGGGGACCGAGGGAGCAUCCUGUGCAUCCUGGCCCUGCCCCAGGGGGAGGUGGCGGUGUGUAUGGUCCCAGAUGAGCUGGCCACGGACAGGGACCUCCAGCCCCUCUCCCCUUCUUUUAGGAAAUCAUAUAAACAAAUCAAAAUGUCACCAGUGUCAGGUUCCAGGAAUGCCACAUCCUCUCCUGGAUGCUGUCCCCUCCCAGCCACCCGCCAGCCUGGCACCCCCCAGUUUACAAAGCCCCUCCCACCCUGGAACCAGCCAGCCCCCAGGACAGCGCUGUUCCAGGGGUGGGGAGGUCAGAGGUGUUUGCCCCAUUUGACCGAUGGGGACACUGAGCCCAGAGUGGCUCGAGCACUGGCCAGAGGCCCUGGAGGCUCCCGCUUUGCUUGGGCAUCCUGACUCCCAGCCUAGGGCUCCUAACCCUGGAGGACGUGCUCUGGGGACGCCUAGGGUGGUGUGAGGUGGCCCCCAUGCCUUGGAAAUCUGGCUGCGUCCCUGCCCCUGCUGCCAGCCUCCCUGGGGUCUGCAUCUCCCCAGCGCCCUGCGAGGCACCUUCCAGGGUUUCUCUGGACGUCUCCUUGCCCAGUCCUGGUCCUUUCGCCCUCUCUCUGAUGCUGAGAAAACUCAGCUCCAGGGCGCCACUCUGCCAGGGCCUCCACUGCAGUCCCAGCAGAGGCCUGCCCUCCAGACACCUCCCCCAGGGUCCCUACACCACACAGACCCUCUCUUGAAGUCUGACUCACCCCCAAACCCGGGAGACAGGAGCAGGAAGGGAUCCCGCUCAGUUGUAGACCAUGGGCAGGGUGGGGAGAGCUCAGAAACCUAGGACUUGGGGCUGGACAGGUCUACAGAUACUCCUGCCCCUCCCUGGGGGGACCGAGGCACAGAGGGAGUGACUGACAAGAGAGGGGAUGGUGUGCAACCAGCUUCUGGUGCACCUUCCACUGCCCGAGUGCCCCCGCCCAAAUUUAUGGUAUUUUCUCGUGGAAACUGGUGGAAAUGUGUCCUCAGAGUGGGCUGGUCAUUAGCCUGGAGUGAGUGACACCGUCUGGGCCCUGGCCCUGGCGUCCACCCCACGUGCCCCUGAGGAUGCCAGGACACUCCAUCAGCUGCUGUCCUGUGAGCUUCCAGGCCACCCCCCGGCCCCAGCCCCUCCCUCCCGGGUCCCAGGACGCCCCCAAGUCCACAGGCCCGGCGUCCUCUGCCAAGGAACCUGGUUAACUUAUAUUGUUACAUAGCGUCGAAAUGUCUAUAGUGUCUUUUAAAUUAUUGUGACCUACACUGGGUACUGGAGGUGGGGGCAUGGCCGCACGCUGUCCCCCGAGCCAGGCUCCUCCUCCUGCUUGAAACAGACUCUUGGGGCCCCUGACGCCACUGAGUCAUGCGCACUGUCCCUCAGCCGCCAGGCACCCCGGUCGGGACACCGCCCUUCCUAACAACCCGUCAGCAGCGGCCCUUCCCUUAGGUGGGGGGGGGUCAGUGUGGCCCGGGCAGGGGCAGUGGCGGCCGAGGCUCUGCGUGUCCCUGCGGUGUCCCCACUUCAGGAGAGCCGGUGGGUUUCUGACGGGCUGUGUCGGCCUACCCUGGAGGGGAGUGCCCGGCUCCAAUAAAGCUGGAA